AUGGCAAAGGAGGAAGCUGCCGACAUAGACCAGGAUUCCAUUCUCUUAGAAGGUGCUAAUGUGAUCCCUAGACGGAGGCGCGUUACUCGUGCAUGCGAUAAAUGCAGGAAGAAAAAGGUAAAGUGCGACGGCAUGCGUCCGUGCAAAAAUUGUAGGCUUGGAAGAGUUGAAUGUACUUUUAAAAUGCCUUCUACUCGUAAAUCCUCGCAUUCUCCCGAAUAUCUUGAAAACUUGGAAUCACGUAUCAGAUACCUUGAGAAUCUCCUGAGAAAGCAUUCUUCCGUAGAUUUAUCUACAAGCUCUCCGAACUUUUUAUUAUUCUUGCGAGAACAGAAGUUUCAAGCAGCAAACGAACUAGAGCACGGAGAAAAUCAUAAACGUCUCAUGUUUCAAACUACGAUAGAACCAAGCGGUUUGUAUACUGAUAUUAAUACCGGGAGACGUUAUUUUCGAGGCAGUACCUCUGUUUUUGUCUUCCUACAUCAUCUCAUUAAAUGCCUACCCGGUAAUUUCGAGAUAAAAAAUCCCUAUACCGCUUAUCCUUUGCGUUGUAAAGAUAUACAGGCAGAUUACUCAAGUCCGGAAUCUCGAUUCUAUACUUUCUGUCCGCGUUUUAGUUUAGAUUUCUUGGUAACGAGUAUUGACCCCAGGAAGGUGCCGCUUCCUCCGAUGGAAAUAGCUGUUCAAGUUAUCAAGACUGCUCUCUUAAACAUAACAGGUGUUCUAUUCUACGAUUCCCCUAGUGUUAUAUUCAAUAGAAUAAACUUGCUUUACAGUGGCGAUUAUCAAUCCAAUUUUUUGGCAUAUUUUUGUGCUUUAUUAUGCAAUGGUUAUUACCAUUCUCUACAAAGUGAUCCGACUAAUUUGGAGACGCAAGAAAUGGCUAAAAAAUACAGCUUUUAUGCGGAACGUGUAGUUGAUUCUAUUGACGAUUACUCCUUGGACAGCGUACAAUGUCUUAUACUUAUAAGUAAUUAUCGCUAUUGUCGUGCUGAAAUAAGCGCAGGUUAUUAUUAUCUCAAAUUGGCUCUUAAUUGCUCUUUAAAACUUGGUUUGCAUAGAAAUAUCACUGCUGGUUUCACUCCUGAGCAAAUGGAAGCUCGGCGACGAGUAUUUUGGGCUUUGUAUUGUCAUGACCGGCAUUACGCUACCCUCUUUGGGUUCCCUCUUGGGGUUUCUGAUGAAGACAUCGAUCAAUAUUUGCCCAAAGAUCUCUCAAUUCAAUUCCUUCAAGGUUAUCAAACCCGAGCUAACGACUUUUUAUUUCAUGGUAUUCGACUUUACAAAAUUACUAGCCGCAUCCUUACUAAAUUAUACUUGGUUGGGCAUAGGAUUGCCAGCAAACGUACCGUUUCCUAUUUUAUAAUUAUUGAACUGGAACAAGCAAUGGAUGGAUUCUACAACUCCCUUCCAAGAAGCUUCAAGACUGAGCAGCCCGGUCAGGCACCCGAGAAUCGUCACAUGUAUAGUCUUAUGAUGACUUAUUAUUACUUUCGAAUGCUCUUGUAUCGUCCUCUACUUCAUUACUUGGAGGCUGGCAGCUCUGCAAUGCAAGCUCUAAAAGCAUCCGAACGACAAAGUGCAUUCAUCUUGGCUUGUAAAUGUUUGGAUUCGGCUAUUGUUUGCAUACAAAAUCUGAAUUGUUUAACGAAUGCCUUGACGCAAAGCCACAAUCGUUACUACUGGACUACGUUGUUUUGUGGAUUUAACACCAUGGUCACCCUUAUGUACGCUACAUUGUUAACAAAGAAUAAAGAUGAGUUGCAAGCAAAGCUGACAAUGGCCUUGGAGCUUUCUGAACAGGAAGAACAAAAUAAGAAACAUGUUGUUCAGGAAACUUUCCGAUCUCCAAAUAUACCUGAUUAUCAUAAAAAUUCCUCAGAAAAACCUCAACCAGCUUUUAAUACCUUCCGAGGAACUAUAAACCCUUCAGUGAAUAACGGCAACGUUCAACCGUUUAAUAACUCAAAUUUGAAUGACAUACCUUACAAAGAAUAUGGAGUUCCCAAUGAGGAAUUCGUUGAUUUUAAUGCCCUUUCUAGUAUGCUAAAUUAUCAUACACACGCUGGAAAAGUGUAUCAUCCUUCGUUUUACAUUACUCGCAGUGAUGCUCAUUUAGAAGAAGAUACGGGAGGAUCGGAUGUACUGCUAUACGCUAAUAACGACAUGUCUACAAAUGAACACUUUCCGUUCUGGGAUAACUUUCUAGGUGAAGAUGCCGAACAAACUCCUGAGCAAACAGACGGCAAGGUUGAUCCUAAUCAGUCCUUCCAGUCAUCAACAAUGCUCGACCCAGCGAUAAUUCUGAAUCAGUUAUCUCAGAAUUCAUGA